AUUUGUUAUUCAUAACUGAAAGUGAAAUUAAAUAAGCGAAGUAAGCGAUCACGUGUUUGCGUCGUUGUAGGAAGAGCGAUAUCCAGAGUACGUACUACAUCCGUGAUUAGCUGAACAUGGCGCAGGGGAAACAGGCCAUCGGUGGACUGUAAACAAGAGGAUAUUUUGGGAUAAGAUUGACAUCGUACCAUGCACGUGUGAAAUGGUCUCAAACUCGAUAUACUGGACCACUUGUUCUGCUUCAUUGAUGACUACGAGGCGACAGAUUGAGUGCAACACAUCCAAUUGCAUUCAUAAACAUUUUUAUAGGACUUCAAACCCCUGAGCAUUCAGUGUUUUGGAUAUUUAAACAACAAAUCCUUGUUUUAUUGUGGAUGACAUACUUGCAUGACCAAAUGGCUGCAACUGGAAAAGUCAAACAGAGUAAAGAUCUGCCUCAAGGCGCUGAGAGGUUGAAAGAGGAGCACAGAAAGGUGGUGAAAGAUUGCAGAAGUCAAAUUGAGCACUGGAAUAAAGUGGAAAAAGACUAUGAAUUUCUUCAAGACCGCCUCAGGACUUUGCCUGACAAGUUGUCUUAUGAUAUUAUGGUACCAUUUGGUCCCUUGGCUUUCAUGCCUGGAAAGCUAGUUCACACUAAUGAGUUAACGGUGCUCCUCGGGGAUAACUGGUUUGCAAAGUGUUCUGCCAAACAAGCCGACACUCUUGUGGAACACCGAAAGAAACAUGUCAAAAAUGCGCUAGAUGACUUACAGAAAGUGAUGAAGAACUUUCAGAAUAAAGCCGACUUUACAGAUGAUCUGGAAAAACUGGCUGGUGAUACUGAAGAUUUUGUAGACAUUAGAGAAGAGGUAAUAAAUGAGGAAGAAUUUACCAAAGGAAAACGUUUGGCCCACAAACCCAAUUCUAAACCUAAGCAGGAGUAUUUGUCGGAGCUGGAAGAGGACACAGAGAAGAAAGAAGGCGAUGAAGAGAGAACGACAGGGCUGCUGUCAGAGGAGGAGCUGUGGGCCCGGCUUGAUGAACUAGAGCGUGAGGAGGAACUUCAAGAUGAGAGAUACCGAUUGGACAGCACAGACACUAAUGGAGAAGACACCACUUCCUCCUCCGAGGAAGAGAAGGAAGCAGAAGAUGGCAGCAGUGUCGAAGUUAAUGGCCAUCAGAAGGAAAAUGGCUGGGUACCGUCAUCUAUCACAAGUCAGAUGAACGGCACUAAUGGCUCACACCCUGAGGAUGAGGAAGAUUGUGAUGAGGAAGAUUGUGAUGAGGAAUCAGGCAAUGGUCUUCCAACUAUCUAUUUUUCUCAUACUGCGGAAUUCAAAAAGGUCAGGAUAAAUACAGGAAAGAACACCACUCUAAAAUUCAGCGAAAGAAAUGAACAAAAGGCACAAGCCAAGCGGAAAAAAAAAAGUGGCAAAAGUAACGGUCUUUCUCCUCAUGAAAGUUACAAGAUCACAAGCCCAGCAGACAUUUAUAGGGUGUUUGUGGAUUUGGUGAAUGGAGAGCCAAUACCACGCAAGUCCAUUUUGAAGUCCCGCAGCCGUGAGAACAGCGUGUGCAGUGACACCAGCGAAAGCAGCACAGCUGACUUUGAAGAGCGCCGUGCGGCUUUUGGACGCUCGUGGAGCCAUGAUGACGCCACACACAGUGAUACCAGCGAUGGCAUUACAGAGGAGGAAAGCCCCACUGGAACGAGCCCCCGCACUAACGGACGCUUUGAGGCUUUUACAGGCACAGUGAUUGAAAAGGAUCCCCUGCCUUGCUCCAUCCCACACCUGAUCAUCGCCCCUCCUGCCUUACCCACAAUCCCCGAGAGAAAGCUGGAGGAGGUGGGCCCCGAAGCUCUUCAGGAGCCACCCAAGAGGAUGUCCAAGUUUAAAGCUACACGGUUGCAUCAGACAUGAGUUCAUCACAUCAACACACAACUUUUAAAUUCGGUUUUGUACAACAGUAACUCCUAUAGUCUGACUUUCUCACUAGCUGUCCUCUUCCUCUGUCCUCCACACUACUUCUAUACUGUCAUCUGUCUGUUUUUUUUUUAUUAAUUUUUUUACAUGCACCCUGGACAUUUUAUUUGCUCUGUAAGAGUAAUUAAUAGAGAUGAUAAAUGAUUUCUCUACUAUUUGCUUUUUUAUAUGCCAGAUGGUUUGUUUAAAGGGAUAGUUCACCCGAAAAUCAUUUACUCACCUCUUGUCUUUCCUGUAUGAUGUUUUUUCUUCUGUGGAACACAAAGGAAGUUAUUUUGAAGGAAGUUGGAAAUCGUUGUUUCACAGAAGAAAGUCAUACAGGUUUGGAUCUUCAUGAGAUUGAUUAAAUGAUGACAGAAUUUUCUUUUUUUGUGUGUGAACAAUCCCUUUAAUUUAUGAAGAUGCUGCACAUUUUGGUAUCUUUUGUGUGUAUUAGUAUAGAUAAAAAAUAAAAUCCUAAAAUGUUUUCAAGACAAACAAAAUAGUAGUGCUAGUGACAUCAUGACUACUGUCAUUGUUGUGAUGUGGUCUAUGAUGUGGAUUUUUUUGGAAAAUGCUUUAUCAAAGUUAAUUCUCAUUUUGUUAAUUCAUGAAAUUUAUGUGCAACUUUGACCUAUGUUGGUCAUGAAAUAGCUGCCAAUUUCUGUCAGCAUAAAAAAAAAUGUAUCAUUUCUGAACUUCGUCUCUGAUUCUCUCAUCUCUUUUUUAUCUUGUUUACAGAGUUUUGGCUUUGUACAUCAGCUUUUUUUGUGACUGCCGAAAAAAUGUUGUGGUAACUGAAAAGGAUAAACAAUAAAUGAUUUUGACUGUACAAGUGUUUUAACUGGUCAUUAGGACAUUAUUCAUUUGGUUUCGGUUCUACACAGGACGUUCAUUUGUGCAUUCAUUUCUGUGCAUGAAACAAGUCGCUGUUUUACUGAUGAAGCAACUCCUUUGUCAUGGUGGUGGUGUUCAGUCAGAACCAAUAGAGGACGCUAAAGCCUUUUACUUUUUUAUCUUUAAAAAUCAAAGCCAAAACAAGUUGAUGCCUAUGGAGAGGGGAAAAAA